CCCUCCCCUUCCCUCCUCCCUUCCCUUUCCCUCCCUCGGCCUUCUCCCCUCCAAUCUUUCCAACAACCCGAAAACACGUCACCCCUCAACCUCCCUUCCCAUACGAACAAAAGAAUACCGUGAAACCGCCGACGAGUAGCCGGAAAACCGUCCGUUCUCCCGUCCGGGUUGCCAGCCAAGGCCGCGGUUCCUCUCGCGAGUUCGUUCCGGAUCUUCCUGUGCGCGGCUUCCCGGCGUUCAACCACCGCUGGCGGUGAUGAAAUAUGCGCGGCCGCGAGGCUGACGCGGGCUGGAGGAGAUGGAGGCCGCGGAGUCGGUGAUAUGGGGGACGUGGGAGGCGCUCGUCCUCGGCGGGGCGGUUCUCCGCCACGGGACUGCCGCUUGGGACGCCGUCGCCGCCGAGGUCCGCUCCCGAACCCUCUUCCCGCACCUCUUCACCCCCGAGGUGUGCAAGGCCAAGUACGAAGACUUGCAAGGGCGGUAUGGCGGGUGCGAUGAAUGGUUUGAAGAGCUAAGGAAGCUCCGAGUGGCAGAGCUACGGAGGGAGUUAGACAAAUCUGAGGACUCUAUUGGAUCUCUGCAGUCGAAGCUUGAUGGUCUCAAGGCCUCAAAAGGAGACAGUGACUUCGAUUGCGAUUCUAGCCGGAGGGAAUUGUCGUCACGAGCGGAGAAUGUCGAUGGUGGGGAUUCUACUGGGAAGGAGAAAUCAAAAGAUGGUUCUUCAGCCGGUAGCUUCACGCAGGGCGUGGAUGAGGUUAGGAGGGACUGGUCGCAAGAGUGCCAGGUUCCUGCUGCAAGAGCUGGAGAAGCCGAGGGAGUUGGGGUCGCUGUGAAGUUGGAGGAGCUUUCGGAGGGUUUGGAGAAGUCGGAAUUCAAGACUCUGAAGAAGAGAAGAGGGAGGAGGGGUAGGAAAGUUGGUGGGGGGACAAGGGAUGGUGGUGGUGGUACAGGGGAAAGUGACGUGUUGAGCUCCGCCAAUACUCUUGUUGUCAAAGAGACUGAUGAAACGAUCGGAAAUCAUGCGAAGAUCGUCAAAGUUUCUGGUGGUGAUUGCAGAGGCAAGGAAAGCGUGGGGUCUAACUUGGACUGGGUGCCGCAGUUUCUUGAUUGCAUCAUGGAACAUAAGGAUGGAGCUGCCUUCCGUCGCCGGCUCGAGAGUCAGAAGAGAGCUAGAUACAAAAAAUUGAUCCGGAGGCAUGUGGACCUGGAGAUGAUAAAGAGAAAUGUUGACAAAAACUUCUACACCACAAGUUCGGAGAUGCUGAGAGAUCUACUGCUGUUACUGAACAAUGCUCUGGCUUACUACCCAAAAAAUUCACCUGAAUACAGUUCAGCCAUUACUUUCCGGCAAUUUGUGAGGAAGAAGUCGCGGGAGUUCAUGGAUAAGGAACAAGGUAGCAGUAAGAAGUGCGUUCUUCUUGCAAGCCGAGCUCCAAAUCCGGUAAAGCCUCGAAGCGUUCGGCCAACCAAGCACCACGGUGUUGGAAAAGAUGCUACCGAGAACAAGGUUCCAAUCACUAGCAACGGCAAUGGUGAAGACGGAAUCAGGUCGUCCCUGCCCGUGAAGAGACGUGCAGGGCAAGCCGCAAAGAGUGUAGAGGAAAGAAGAGCAAAACGGGUAAAGGGCGCUUCAGGCAAGGACAGAAAAAGGUGAAAACGACGGCCGGAGAUGUUUUUUACUUCUUGGACUCUCUGGUUACUGUUGUAAAAUUUUGUUUAUGUAUAUCCUCAUCUUUUUUCUUUUUC